AGAAAAACGUUGUCCUGUGUCUAUUCCACUCCAAGAUGUAACUUACUGAUAUUUUUCUGUGCAUUUGAACACCGUAAGAGAAUUGUCGUUAUUUGUUGUGUGUCCUCUAUCACGUUAUCUAAUGACGUCACGUUUGACAAUACCCUGAGUGGCGCCUUUUAUUUAAUAAACAGUUCUAGCGAUAAAGAAAUGGCAGCGGCCUAUGUUUCGAAAUCCAAAAUUUCAUAGCAAAUAAUUCCGUUAAUUCUUCGCUUCGCAUGGUUGCCAGCCGCAACGUGCACAAAGGCACUCCUUUGGUAUAAAUUGACGGUGAAAAACAAUGAGAGCUUGUUAAUUAUUCCGGAUAAUUGAGCGCGGGAAUAAUCUUAUUUUGCAUUUCAAUCAAAACUGAAACAUUAAGUAUGAAUAUAAAUGCUAGCCUAUUCCUAAUCUUACAUCACUCUAUUUUAAUCUUGAGAUUUUGCUUCUGAUGUCGAAGGUAAACAUUAGAACCCCUUAAUUUUCUGAAGUAAUUACCAUUUGUGUCGUACUUUCCAUAAGUCAAUAGAUACUAAAGGAUCAACCAAUCAUAACAGCGCUUUUCUGACGAAUAGAUAUACUAGUGAAAACAAACACUUCACACACGAGCUUUACAACUAGACCAUAUCCAAACAGAAAGCGGAAGCUUAGUUUUGUGUACUGAAAUGUUUGAGGUAUUCGCGGUAUAUUUCUCCGUUCUGGUCGCCCUGGUUGAAGGGAAUUCGUUUAUAAUGGAUAACCUAUCGUUGCUAGGACUUUCUGGUGAAGUCUUCACUAAUUUUCUCCCGUCGUGGGGUGGUUUAGUAAAAAAUUUGAACCCAUUUAUGGCAUUUGCACUCGCCGCAGUUUGUUUCAUUGCUACUCGCAUAGUAGUCAAACUCUGUAAACUUUUAUUUUCACCGAUAAUUUUAACGCGGCGACUUGAAGAGGCAGGAUACAUCCCAGAUGAGCGACACACUUUAAGAGACGUUGCAGAGCAUACACGCCGCUUGAAAAAUGCUGGUGACUUCCCACCUGUAUUCCCGAACGGUUGGUUCGAAGUUAUGGGUUCCCAAGACCUGAAGGUUGGUAAUGUCAAACACGUGAGCUGUCUUGGCGAGAAUCUAGCCGUGUUUAGAGGCGAAGAUGGGGUUGUUUGUAUCGUAGAUGCAUAUUGUCCGCACCUAGGCGCUAACCUCGGCGUCGGAGGCCAAGUAGUUGGAAAUUGUCUACAGUGCCCUUUUCAUGGCUGGAAGUUUCGAGGAGAUGACGGUAAAUGCAGCGAGAUCCCCUACAGUAAGAACAUCCCAGAGUAUGCCAAGGUAAAGUCCUGGCCUUGCUUAGAGAGAAAUGGAUCAAUUCUGAUGUGGUAUCACGCGGAAGAAGUCGAACCCUCUUGGUUGCCUGAAGAAAUCGAAGACGUCACAAGCGGAAAAUGGACUUACAGAGGUUUCACCGAACAUUUUGUCAAUUGUCACAUUGAGGAAAUACCCGAGAAUGCAGCCGACAUGAAUCACUUCAACUUUCUACACAGCUCCCCAAUCCUUGCAGGACAGGACCUGCGCUAUUCCUUCACCUCCAAAUGGAUCGACUACUUCCAUCACGACUGGGAGGCCACGUGGUCACCGCUAGACGGUGAUCAGAAGCACGUGUCUGAGCUACGGCUCGUGCAUUACGCAUGCGCGUUUGGCUUCAGGAUUCCUUUCUUAGACUUCAGGGUCAUUGCUAGACAGGUCGGUCCUGGUUUGGUCAAUCUUUAUUUCAAGUCUAGUUUCGGGGAUGGAGUAAUGAUACAAACUUUAACACCUCAAGAACCGCUGCUUCAGAAAAUGACGCACCGAAUAUUUGGCGAGAAUAUGCUGUUUACGUGUAUUGCAAAGUCAUUUCUUCUCGCCGAGAGUAUUCAGGUUGAACGGGACAUCAUGGUAUGGAAUCACAAAAAGUACUUGUCCAAACCACUCCUUGUCAAGGAAGACCACCUCAUCCUGAAGCACAGGCGGUGGUACUCGCAGUUCUACUCCAAAAAUAGCCCAAAAUUCAACGCCGGCAACAAGAAACCAAGUAACAACAACAAGCUGGAUUGGUGACCCCGUCUACUUGACUAGAAAUAAGUUAUUUAUCAGUUAAACUGUCGUGAGCUUCCCCUUGAUUCCGUGACGCGUAUUUUCUUAGAUCUCUUGACCCGACUUGUGUAACACUAAAGUUUUGUUUUAUCUGCUUCAAUUUCUGUGCGGUUUUGCAGUUUUCGCAACCCUUACGCCCCCUCCUACAAGUACAACGGCUCAGUCUUGUUUAAGGAGAAUGUAUAGAUUUCAAUUUCAGAUUCAAAAUAUAUUUCAAAGCAAGGUAAAAGUAAUAUAAUCUUAAAAAAGUGUCGGAAUCAGGGAAUUUUUUACUACUGAGAAUUUUUAUUUUUUUUAUUUUAUUGUCUUUCAUCACUCUGAUACUGAAUAGCUGUGGGGAUAACCCCUCUUUUUAGUUCCGAGUGGGUGGAACGUGGAAUAUACACGCAGUGUAUUUCGUGCUUUUGGGGUGCUUUUAUAUUCGUGCAUUUAAAUCAGUAGAUGUUGAUUUUUGAUGUCUCUCGUGAAAUGCAUAUAAAGCUCGCAAAACGCCGAAAAUCGACUUGAUAAAGUGCUCAGUCACCCAACAAAUCGAUCUCGACCCCCUAGAUAACUUAAAUAUGCCUAUCAGCAUCCCUCCCCCCCCAGAUUCCUGAGCUUAACACCCCUCCCUCACGUCCCGAAAUUUCAAAUUCCUCCGUAAGUUGAUUUUUGAACAUGUGGGAAUGUUUUUUAUAGCACAGUAUUAAUUUGUGGCGCUCAAAUAGUGGACUUGCGCUAAGAGAUCACGUGACCUGGGUUGCAAAUUUAAACCGAAAUUAUCGAACAAAAAAAUAAGAAAAGUCUGCGCCCGUCACACCAGAUAACAACGAAAAAAUAAUAUCUUUAUAAAUGAAACUAAACCCUUUUUAAAAUAAAGAAUUUUGGCCUUUUUUCGUAAGCUCUGAAAAAGUUGCUUUUUGUUGCUGCCGCUGAAAGCCUAGCGCCAGUUUGCCACCCAAACAAUCACGUGAUCUCUUAGCGCAAGUCCCAUAUUGCUAAAAUGUGUUUAUGGUGCGACGCGCGCUUUUUAUUGUGGCCACCAAUACAAAGUUGACCAUGCAACGCGCGCUACCGUGGCCACCAAUACAUGUUUUAAUAAAGUGCAAAUUACCAUGCGAGAACUUCAAUUUUGAUCAACUAAACACGAAUUUCAUAACUAGCCUAGUUAGGAUUUUGUAGUGCUAUGAUUUGGACACAAGCAAUCCUUUGUUACACCAAAUAGCACGUUCCCCGUAUCUUUAUUGGUGUUCUUUACAAAGCUUGUCAAGGUGACCUCGGUAGCGCGCGUCGCAAUGGGUUCUGCACACUUGGCUCACAAAGCCCUUAUAGUAUGACCAACGCACAUUGAUAUAUUUCUAAUGCACGUUUAAUCCUUUGUACUUUGUGGAACUUGCUAACUACAUCACUUUGGAUAAAUAAAAGCUACUUGUGAUAAUA